UAUAUCUGACAAGUGAGCAGGGAGAGCUGCCUCUGAGAUGGUCGGGGAACUUCAAAAUCACACAAGUCUCUCACAGCAGCUGAGUCAGACUGCAAACCGGAGCAGCUCGGAGCUGGGACUUUGCUGCAUUCCAGGACACUCAGUAUCUCUAUAAGGGCGAGGUUUUGAAGGCUGAGCGCCUUUGGCCUUUAUCCUGGAUUUUGGAACUGCCCGGGGCGUGGAAGGAUCUGGGGCUGCCCAAAGACCCAUAGUGAGACUAUAAGAUCAAGAUGGACGGUCAAGACAUGAAGCAAAAUGGCCACACUGAGGUCCAUAGACCUGUGGCUGGCAUUUUUCUGGAGAAGACCAAGGAGAAGAUAACCAUAUAUCAAGCCAUGAAAAAACGUCUGCUUAAACCAGGGACUGCAUUAGCCCUGCUUGAGGCGCAAGCUGCCACAGUGGGCAUUGUAGACCCAAUGAACAACAGAACACUUCCCGUUGCAGAUGCUGUUAAAGAGGGAAUAGUUGGACCGGAGAUGAAAGAGAAACUCCUCACAGCAGAGAAAGCAAUCAGUGGCUAUGUAGACCCCUACACCAACCAAAUAAUAUCUCUAUUCCAAGCUAUGCAAAAAGAUUUGGUCCCAAGAGAUAAUGGAUUAAGGCUGCUGGAAGCGCAGAUAGCCACGCAAGGCCUGAUUGAUCCCACUGAGAAAUCAAACAUUUCUGUUGAAUCGGCAAUUCAAAGAGGCUACUAUGAGAAGGGUUUGCUAAAUGACCAUAUGUCCGAGCUCAAAGUUUUCUACAAUCCAAGUUCACAAGAGACUCUCAAUUACCAAAACCUCCUAGAGAAAUGCACUGUGGAGCCAGACACGGGCCUGUUGCUCCUUCCCCUCUGCAUCACCUUCAAAGGACUGCGAAGAGGCAUUUCCUCCACUGAACUCUUUGAAUCAAAGAUCAUCGACCAGGAAACAUUUGAUGAUCUACAAAAGGGGAAAACCACAACUCAGGAUGUGUUGUUGAUGGAAACAGUGAAAGAAUACCUGCAGGGCAAAGGCAGUAUUGCAGGUAUUGCUGUACUCUCAUCCAAUCAGAGAAUGAGCAUUUAUCAAGCUAUGAAACAAGGAAUACUGAUGCCUGGGACAGCCCUAGUUCUACUGGAGGCACAAGCUGCAACUGGAUUCAUGAUUGAUCCAGUAGAAAAUAAAAAGUUUACUGUGGAUGAGGCCAUCAAGAACAAACUUUUUGGCCCAGAAUAUCAUGCAAAACUGCGUUCUGCUGAGAGAGCAGUAACUGGAUACAAAGAUCCAUACACAAGUGAAACCAUAUCUCUGUUUCAAGCACUGUCGAAAGACCUCAUUGUAAAGGAGCAUGGCAUUCGCCUACUUGAAGCGCAAAUUGCUACAGGUGGAAUAAUAGACCCAAUCAACAGCCACAGACUUCCCACAGAAGUGGCCUUCAAGAGAGGUUACUUUGAUGAAGAAAUGAAUGCUAUACUUGAGGAUGCAGGGGAUGACACAAGAGGGUUUUUUGAUCCAAAUACAGAAGAUAAUCUUACCUAUCUUCAGCUGAUGGAAAGGUGCGUCACUGAUCCUGUCACUGGACUGUGCCUCCUCCCACUCCAUGGUAAGUCAGACAGGCUGAAUUUCAACUUCAUUGACUACGAAACAAAAAUGACCUUCAAAGAAACAAAGGUGCAAGUGACAUGUGGGAAGUACAUGGGAAUGACAGUAUCUCUGUGGGAACUGCUGAUGUCAGAAUACUUUGAUGAACAGCAGAGAUGCAACUUCAGUCAGAAGUAUAGAGAGGGGAAGCUCAAUAUCAAGAUGAUCAUUAAAACAGUCAUGGAAGUCAUAGAGAAGUCUGUGAAAACAACUAAAGUUGUUUUUGAGGGUAUCAGAGAAACUGUCACUGCCAAGCAGCUUUUGGAGGCAGAUAUCAUAAGUGAAGAGGUCCUUGAGGAUCUGAAAAAGGGGAAAAAGUCAGUGAAAGACAUGAUGGAGGAUGAAAAUGUAAAUAUGUACCUGCAGGGGAAAGACAGUAUUGCAGGUAUUCUGCUUCCUGAUUCUCAAGUCAUGACCAUCUACCAGGCCAGACAGAAAGGAAAGCUGAUGCCAGGAACUGCUCUGAUUCUGCUGGAGGCACAGGCAGCAACAGGGUUCAUUAUUGACCCUAUUGGAAACAGAAAGUUUUCAGUGGAUGAUGCUGUCAAAGCAAACAUUGUUGGGCCUGAUAUCUGUCAAAAGCUGCGCUCAGCAGAGAAAGCAGUCACUGGGUACAAGGAUCCAUAUGAUGGAAAAAUUAUUUCUUUGUUCCAAGCAAUGCAAAAAGAUCUAAUCGUAAAAGACCAUGGAAUUCGUCUCCUGGAGGCACAAAUUGCCACUGGUGGGAUCAUAGACCCAGUGAACAGCCAUCGGAUUCCUGUCCACGUGGCCUACAAGAGGGGGUACUUCAAUGAGGAAAUGAAUGACAUCUUGAGCGAUCCAAGUGAUGACACCAAAGGAUUUUUUGACCCUAACACCCAUGAGAACCUGACAUACCUGCAGCUUAUACACAGAUGUGUCACAGAUCCCAGUACAGGUCUGUGUCUCUUGCCACUCAAAGGAAAAAGUAAAAAAAUUAACAUUGAUGAUAAUCUCCGAGAACAAUUCAAAACAAAUGUUACUGUUAAGUAUGGCAGGUUCAAGGGCAAACACACAACACUGUGGGAUCUUAUCAAUUCAGAGUAUCUGUCUGAGGACAAACGACAAGAGUUUUUCAAGCUCUUCAAGUCCAGGAAAAUCACAAUUGAGCAACUCAUUGUGACCAUUCUCGAGAUCAUUGAGAAUAAGGAGAUAAAAAAGCAAGAAGGGUUGAACUUUCAAGGUCUCAGAGGAGAGGUCUCUGUUGUGGAUCUUUUGGAGCUUGAAAUUGUGAAUGAAGAAACAUACAACAGCCUGAUCCAUGGACAGCUGACAAGCACUGAUGUGACCAACAUGGACAGUGUGAGGGACUACCUACAAGGAAAAAGCUGUGUAGCCGGGGUGAUACUGCAACCUUCCAAUCAGAAGUUCAGCAUCUAUGAGGCACAGAGAAUUGGUAUUCUCACACCUUGCACUGCCCUUUGCCUCCUUGAAGCACAAGCAGCCACAGGGUUCAUUGUCGAUCCCCUGAAGAACAAAAAACUUACAGUGGAACAUGCUCUCAGAGAAAAGGUAAUUGGUCCACAUAUAUAUGAAAAUCUUUUGUCUGCAGAGAGGGCUGUCACUGGUUACACAGAUCCAUACACUGGUCAAAAGAUCUCACUCUUCCAAGCCUUGCAAAAGGAUUUAAUUGUCAAGCAGCAUGGCAUCCGUUUACUUGAGGCCCAGAUCGCUACAGGUGGCAUCAUCGAUCCAUUAAAGUGUCUUCACCUACCCCUCGAGGUUGCCUACAGGAAAGGAUAUUUUGAUGCAGAACUUAAUGAAAUCCUGACAGAUCCAACUGAUGACACAAAAGGAUUUUUUGACCCAAAGACACAAGACAAUUUGACAUACAUGGAGAUGCUAGGCAGAUGUGUUAAAGACAAGGAAACUGGACUGUGUCUCUUGCCACUGAAUAACACACAAAGAGCUUCUGGAACAAAUACAAAAAUGUAUACUGACACAGAGAUAAAGCAAGAGUUUAAAAAGACAGUUGUAAACAUAUCUGUAGCACGCUACUCAGGAAAAUCAGUUUCUUUAUGGGACCUGAUUCACUCUAGGUACUUCACUGAGGAACAGCGGCUGGAAUUCAUUGAAAAAUACGGAACAAAGAAGAUAACCACUGAAACCAUAAUCACACAAGUGAUUUCCACCAUUGAAAAACUGGAAAAGAGUGAAACGGCUGAAAUGAUAAUAGGCCUGAGAAAGCCUGUCUCUGCACAACAGCUUCUGAAUUCUGAUAUCAUUGAUGUGGAUACAUUCAAACAGGUAAAAGACAGAAAGCUUACUCUUGAAGCAGUGACCCAACGUGAAUCAGUGAGAGGAUACCUGAAGGGGACUGGAAGCAUUGCUGGAAUUAAGGUUCAUCCAUCCAAGAAAGUAAUGAGCAUUUAUGAAGCAAAAACCGAAGAUCUGUUGACACCUGGUAUUGCACUUCUACUGCUUGAAGCACAGGCUGCAACAGGAUGGGUGAUUGAUCCACUGAAAAACAAGUUCUAUGCUGUUGAUGAGGCAGCAAGAGAGAAAGUAAUUGGACCAGAUGUACACGAGCACCUUCUCUCAGCUGAACGAGCUGUCACUGGCUAUAAAGAUCCAUAUACAGAUGCAACAAUAUCACUGUUUGAGGCGAUGAACGAACAGCUGAUUCAAAGAAAUGAUGGCAUUCGUCUUCUUGAAGCACAGAUGGCAACUGGAGGAAUCAUUGACCCGAAUCUAAGCCACCGGCUACCUGUCCAUGUUGCAAUUAAAAAGGGCUAUCUUGAUGAAGAGAUGAGCAAAAUUCUGUUGAACCCCACUAAGGAUUCAAAGGGAUUCUUUGACCCAAAUACAAAAGAAAACGUCUCUUAUCGUCAGCUGAUAAAUCAAUGUGAGAAUGAUCCUGAAACUGGGCUACUUCUUCUAGCCCUGCAUGAAGAGAAGUCCGAUGUGUUCCAUACAGAUGAACAAAUUGAGCUUGCUUUCAAAAACACAACUUUUACCAUGAAUGCGGGAAAGUAUAAAAAUGAAGAGGUGAAAAUGUGGGACGUGUUGCUCUCUGAAUACAUAUCAGAACAAAAAAGGAAGCAGCUCAUUCAACAAUAUGAGACAGGAGCCCUGAAAAUAGGGGACAUCAUUGAAAUACUCACAGUUAUCAUUACAGAGGUAUCAUCCAAAGAAAAAAAGUUCAAAGGACUAAGAAAGCAGGUCUCAGCCAGUGAAUUGUAUGAGUCAAAGAUAAUCUCAAAAGAGCUUUUUACACAGAUCAUACAAGGAGAGGUAACAGAAGAGAAUGUUGACAAAAUGGAGUCAAUUCAAAAGUACCUUGGAGCUACAAAUUGUAUAGCAGGUGUCCGAGUUGAAUCUACAAAGAAAGUUCUAAGCAUCUAUGAAGCCAAAACAAGAGGGCUGCUAACUCCUGGUACAUCUCUUGUGCUGUUGGAAGCCCAAGCAGCAACUGGUUUUGUCAUAGACCCAGUGAACAACAAAAAACUUUCUGUGGAGGAAGCUGCAGCUCAAGGAGUGGUUGGCAAUGAGUGGAAAAACAAACUGCUUUCAGCGGAAAGGGCGGUUACAGGAUAUAAAGACCCAUACACUGGAAACACAAUUUCUUUGUUCCAGGCCUUGCAAAAGGAUCUUAUUGUCAAGGAUCAUGGAAUUCGGCUUCUUGAAGCGCAAAUUGCAACAGGGGGCAUAAUUGACCCGAUCCACAGUCACAGGGUGCCUGUCCAGGUGGCAUACCAAAGGGGUUACUUUGAUGAAGAAAUGAACCAGAUCUUGUCUGAUCCUGAUGAUGACACCAAGGGCUUCUUCGACCCCAACACACAUGAGAACCUCACCUAUCUCCAGCUGGUAGAGAGAUGUGUCAUUGAUCCCAUCACAGGCCUAAGUUUACUGGUGAUUGUGAAGAAAGGAGAGUUCUAUUUCUUUGUUGAUGAGGCUACAAAGCUCAUUCUGAAAUCUACCACAACAACCAGAGCAGGAGGAAAAUACCAAGGAAAAACAGUGUGUCUGUGGGAUCUGCUUUACUCCAAAUACAUCUCUGAGGAAAAGAGGAGAGAGCUUGUGCAACAGUACAAGUCUGGAUCAAUCACAAUUGAACGCUUUCUGGAAAUUAUUCUGACAGUCAUUCAGCAGCAAACAAAAACCUCAUCCACAACAAUUGUCACAUGCCAACCACCAGAAACCAAAGUGGACAGCAGCACAACAAAAUCUACCAUCACCACCACUACAAUCACAGAGACAAGUCAAGUUCCAUCGUUCCAUGGAAUCAGGAAGGAUGUCACUGCUAAUGAGCUGCUUGAAUCAAAGAUCAUCACUGAGGACCUCUACAAAGGUCUUAAGUCUGGAAAAGUCACAGUGACAGAAAUCAGUGAAAUGGACUCAGUGCGUAAGUACCUUGAGGGGACCAACAGCAUUGCAGGAGUGUACCUGCAGUCCACCAAAGAGACCCUGAGUAUCUACGAAGCCAAAAGCAAAGGCUUGCUGACCCCUGGUACUUCUCUGGUUUUGCUGGAAGCCCAAGCUGCUACUGGCUUUGUCAUUGACCCAGUGAACAACAAGAAACUGUCAGUAGACGAGGCUGUUGCUCAAAGAGUGCUUGGCAAUGAGUGGAAAAACAAACUGCUUUCAGCAGAAAGAGCUGUCACAGGAUACAAGGAUCCCUAUACUGGAAAAACAAUUUCUUUAUUCCAGGCCUUGAAAAAAGAUCUCAUUGUGAAAGAUCAUGGAAUUCGUCUUCUCGAAGCGCAAAUUGCCACAGGAGGCAUAAUUGAUCCAGUCUACAGUCACAGAGUGCCUGUGCAAGUGGCAUAUGAAAGAGGUUACUUUGAUGAAGAAAUGAACCAGAUCUUGUCUGAUCCUGAUGAUGACACCAAGGGCUUCUUCGACCCCAACACUAAAGAGAACCUCACCUAUCUUCAGCUGGUAGAGAGAUGUGUCAUUGAUCCCAUCACAGGCUUAAGUUUACUGGUGAUUGUGAAGAAAGGAGAGUUCUAUUUCUUUGUUGAUGAGGCUACAAAGCUCAUUCUGAAAUCUACCACAACAACCGGAGCAGGAGGAAAAUACCAAGGAAAAACAGUGUGUCUCUGGGAUCUGCUUUACUCCAAAUACAUCUCUGAGGAAAAGAGGAGAGACCUUGUGCAACAGUACAAGUCUGGAUCAAUCACAAUUGAACGCUUUCUGGAAAUUAUUCUGACAAUCAUUCAGCAGCAAACAAAAACCUCAUCCAGAACAAUUGUAACAUGCCAACCACCAGAAAACAAACUGGACAGCAGCACAACAAAAACAUCAUCCACAACAAUUGUCACAUGCCAACCACCAGAAACCAAAGCGGACAGCAGCACAACAAAAUCUACCAUCACCACCACUACAAUCACAGAGACAAGUCAAGUUCCAUCGUUCCAUGGAAUCAGGAAGGAUGUCACUGCUAAUGAGCUUCUUGAAUCAAAGAUCAUCACUGAGGACCUCUACAAAGGUCUUAAGUCUGGAAAAGUCACAGUGACAGAAAUCAGUGAAAUGGACUCAGUGCGUAAGUACCUUGAGGGGACCAACAGCAUUGCAGGAGUGUACCUGCAGUCCACCAAAGAGACCCUGAGUAUCUACGAAGCCAAAAGCAAAGGCUUGCUGACCCCUGGUACUUCUCUGGUUUUGCUGGAAGCCCAAGCUGCUACUGGCUUUGUCAUUGACCCAGUGAACAACAAGAAACUGUCAGUAGACGAGGCUGUUGCUCAAAGAGUGCUUGGCAAUGAGUGGAAAAACAAACUGCUUUCAGCAGAAAGAGCUGUCACAGGAUACAAGGAUCCCUAUACUGGAAAAACAAUUUCUUUAUUCCAGGCCUUGAAAAAAGAUCUCAUUGUGAAAGAUCAUGGAAUUCGUCUUCUCGAAGCGCAAAUUGCCACAGGAGGCAUAAUUGAUCCAGUCUACAGUCACAGAGUGCCUGUGCAAGUGGCAUAUGAAAGAGGUUACUUUGAUGAAGAAAUGAACCAGAUCUUGUCUGAUCCUGAUGAUGACACCAAGGGCUUCUUCGACCCCAACACUAAAGAGAACCUCACCUAUCUUCAGCUGGUAGAGAGAUGUGUCAUUGAUCCCAUCACAGGCUUAAGUUUACUGGUGAUUGUGAAGAAAGGAGAGUUCUAUUUCUUUGUUGAUGAGGCUACAAAGCUCAUUCUGAAAUCUACCACAACAACCGGAGCAGGAGGAAAAUACCAAGGAAAAACAGUGUGUCUCUGGGAUCUGCUUUACUCCAAAUACAUCUCUGAGGAAAAGAGGAGAGACCUUGUGCAACAGUACAAGUCUGGAUCAAUCACAAUUGAACGCUUUCUGGAAAUUAUUCUGACAAUCAUUCAGCAGCAAACAAAAACCUCAUCCACAACAAUUGUCACAUGCCAACCACCAGAAACCAAAGUGGACAGCAGCACAACAAAAUCUACCAUCACCACCACUACAAUCACAGAGACAAGUCAAGUUCCAUCGUUCCAUGGAAUCAGGAAGGAUGUCACUGCUAAUGAGCUGCUUGAAUCAAAGAUCAUCACUGAGGACCUCUACAAAGGUCUUAAGUCUGGAAAAGUCACAGUGACAGAAAUCAGUGAAAUGGACUCAGUGCGUAAGUACCUUGAGGGGACCAACAGCAUUGCAGGAGUGUACCUGCAGUCCACCAAAGAGACCCUGAGUAUCUACGAAGCCAAAAGCAAAGGCUUGCUGACCCCUGGUACUUCUCUGGUUUUGCUGGAAGCCCAAGCUGCUACUGGCUUUGUCAUUGACCCAGUGAACAACAAGAAACUGUCAGUAGACGAGGCUGUUGCUCAAAGAGUGCUUGGCAAUGAGUGGAAAAACAAACUGCUUUCAGCAGAAAGAGCUGUCACAGGAUACAAGGAUCCCUAUACUGGAAAAACAAUUUCUUUAUUCCAGGCCUUGAAAAAAGAUCUCAUUGUGAAAGAUCAUGGAAUUCGUCUUCUCGAAGCGCAAAUUGCCACAGGAGGCAUAAUUGAUCCAGUCUACAGUCACAGAGUGCCUGUGCAAGUGGCAUAUGAAAGAGGUUACUUUGAUGAAGAAAUGAACCAGAUCUUGUCUGAUCCUGAUGAUGACACCAAGGGCUUCUUCGACCCCAACACUAAAGAGAACCUCACCUAUCUUCAGCUGGUAGAGAGAUGUGUCAUUGAUCCCAUCACAGGCUUAAGUUUACUGGUGAUUGUGAAGAAAGGAGAGUUCUAUUUCUUUGUUGAUGAGGCUACAAAGCUCAUUCUGAAAUCUACCACAACAACCGGAGCAGGAGGAAAAUACCAAGGAAAAACAGUGUGUCUCUGGGAUCUGCUUUACUCCAAAUACAUCUCUGAGGAAAAGAGGAGAGACCUUGUGCAACAGUACAAGUCUGGAUCAAUCACAAUUGAACGCUUUCUGGAAAUUAUUCUGACAAUCAUUCAGCAGCAAACAAAAACCUCAUCCAGAACAAUUGUAACAUGCCAACCACCAGAAAACAAACUGGACAGCAGCACAACAAAAACAUCAUCCACAACAAUUGUCACAUGCCAACCACCAGAAACCAAAGCGGACAGCAGCACAACAAAAUCUACCAUCACCACCACUACAAUCACAGAGACAAGUCAAGUUCCAUCGUUCCAUGGAAUCAGGAAGGAUGUCACUGCUAAUGAGCUUCUUGAAUCAAAGAUCAUCACUGAGGACCUCUACAAAGGUCUUAAGUCUGGAAAAGUCACAGUGACAGAAAUCAGUGAAAUGGACUCAGUGCGUAAGUACCUUGAGGGGACCAACAGCAUUGCAGGAGUGUACCUGCAGUCCACCAAAGAGACCCUGAGUAUCUACGAAGCCAAAAGCAAAGGCUUGCUGACCCCUGGUACUUCUCUGGUUUUGCUGGAAGCCCAAGCUGCUACUGGCUUUGUCAUUGACCCAGUGAACAACAAGAAACUGUCAGUAGACGAGGCUGUUGCUCAAAGAGUGCUUGGCAAUGAGUGGAAAAACAAACUGCUUUCAGCAGAAAGAGCUGUCACAGGAUACAAGGAUCCCUAUACUGGAAAAACAAUUUCUUUAUUCCAGGCCUUGAAAAAAGAUCUCAUUGUGAAAGAUCAUGGAAUUCGUCUUCUCGAAGCGCAAAUUGCCACAGGAGGCAUAAUUGAUCCAGUCUACAGUCACAGAGUGCCUGUGCAAGUGGCAUAUGAAAGAGGUUACUUUGAUGAAGAAAUGAACCAGAUCUUGUCUGAUCCUGAUGAUGACACCAAGGGCUUCUUCGACCCCAACACUAAAGAGAACCUCACCUAUCUUCAGCUGGUAGAGAGAUGUGUCAUUGAUCCCAUCACAGGCUUAAGUUUACUGGUGAUUGUGAAGAAAGGAGAGUUCUAUUUCUUUGUUGAUGAGGCUACAAAGCUCAUUCUGAAAUCUACCACAACAACCGGAGCAGGAGGAAAAUACCAAGGAAAAACAGUGUGUCUCUGGGAUCUGCUUUACUCCAAAUACAUCUCUGAGGAAAAGAGGAGAGACCUUGUGCAACAGUACAAGUCUGGAUCAAUCACAAUUGAACGCUUUCUGGAAAUUAUUCUGACAAUCAUUCAGCAGCAAACAAAAACCUCAUCCACAACAAUUGUCACAUGCCAACCACCAGAAACCAAAGUGGACAGCAGCACAACAAAAUCUACCAUCACCACCACUACAAUCACAGAGACAAGUCAAGUUCCAUCGUUCCAUGGAAUCAGGAAGGAUGUCACUGCUAAUGAGCUUCUUGAAUCAAAGAUCAUCACUGAGGACCUCUACAAAGGUCUUAAGUCUGGAAAAGUCACAGUGACAGAAAUCAGUGAAAUGGACUCAGUGCGUAAGUACCUUGAGGGGACCAACAGCAUUGCAGGAGUGUACCUGCAGUCCACCAAAGAGACCCUGAGUAUCUACGAAGCCAAAAGCAAAGGCUUGCUGACCCCUGGUACUUCUCUGGUUUUGCUGGAAGCCCAAGCUGCUACUGGCUUUGUCAUUGACCCAGUGAACAACAAGAAACUGUCAGUAGACGAGGCUGUUGCUCAAAGAGUGCUUGGCAAUGAGUGGAAAAACAAACUGCUUUCAGCAGAAAGAGCUGUCACAGGAUACAAGGAUCCCUAUACUGGAAAAACAAUUUCUUUAUUCCAGGCCUUGAAAAAAGAUCUCAUUGUGAAAGAUCAUGGAAUUCGUCUUCUCGAAGCGCAAAUUGCCACAGGAGGCAUAAUUGAUCCAGUCUACAGUCACAGAGUGCCUGUGCAAGUGGCAUAUGAAAGAGGUUACUUUGAUGAAGAAAUGAACCAGAUCUUGUCUGAUCCUGAUGAUGACACCAAGGGCUUCUUCGACCCCAACACUAAAGAGAACCUCACCUAUCUUCAGCUGGUAGAGAGAUGUGUCAUUGAUCCCAUCACAGGCUUAAGUUUACUGGUGAUUGUGAAGAAAGGAGAGUUCUAUUUCUUUGUUGAUGAGGCUACAAAGCUCAUUCUGAAAUCUACCACAACAACCGGAGCAGGAGGAAAAUACCAAGGAAAAACAGUGUGUCUCUGGGAUCUGCUUUACUCCAAAUACAUCUCUGAGGAAAAGAGGAGAGACCUUGUGCAACAGUACAAGUCUGGAUCAAUCACAAUUGAACGCUUUCUGGAAAUUAUUCUGACAAUCAUUCAGCAGCAAACAAAAACCUCAUCCAGAACAAUUGUAACAUGCCAACCACCAGAAAACAAAGUGGACAGCAGCACAACAAAAACAUCAUCCACAACAAUUGUCACAUGCCAACCACCAGAAACCAAAGCGGACAGCAGCACAACAAAAUCUACCAUCACCACCACUACAAUCACAGAGACAAGUCAAGUUCCAUCGUUCCAUGGAAUCAGGAAGGAUGUCACUGCUAAUGAGCUUCUUGAAUCAAAGAUCAUCACUGAGGACCUCUACAAAGGUCUUAAGUCUGGAAAAGUCACAGUGACAGAAAUCAGUGAAAUGGACUCAGUGCGUAAGUACCUUGAGGGGACCAACAGCAUUGCAGGAGUGUACCUGCAGUCCACCAAAGAGACCCUGAGUAUCUACGAAGCCAAAAGCAAAGGCUUGCUGACCCCUGGUACUUCUCUGGUUUUGCUGGAAGCCCAAGCUGCUACUGGCUUUGUCAUUGACCCAGUGAACAACAAGAAACUGUCAGUAGACGAGGCUGUUGCUCAAAGAGUGCUUGGCAAUGAGUGGAAAAACAAACUGCUUUCAGCAGAAAGAGCUGUCACAGGAUACAAGGAUCCCUAUACUGGAAAAACAAUUUCUUUAUUCCAGGCCUUGAAAAAAGAUCUCAUUGUGAAAGAUCAUGGAAUUCGUCUUCUCGAAGCGCAAAUUGCCACAGGAGGCAUAAUUGAUCCAGUCUACAGUCACAGAGUGCCUGUGCAAGUGGCAUAUGAAAGAGGUUACUUUGAUGAAGAAAUGAACCAGAUCUUGUCUGAUCCUGAUGAUGACACCAAGGGCUUCUUCGACCCCAACACUAAAGAGAACCUCACCUAUCUUCAGCUGGUAGAGAGAUGUGUCAUUGAUCCCAUCACAGGCUUAAGUUUACUGGUGAUUGUGAAGAAAGGAGAGUUCUAUUUCUUUGUUGAUGAGGCUACAAAGCUCAUUCUGAAAUCUACCACAACAACCGGAGCAGGAGGAAAAUACCAAGGAAAAACAGUGUGUCUCUGGGAUCUGCUUUACUCCAAAUACAUCUCUGAGGAAAAGAGGAGAGACCUUGUGCAACAGUACAAGUCUGGAUCAAUCACAAUUGAACGCUUUCUGGAAAUUAUUCUGACAAUCAUUCAGCAGCAAACAAAAACCUCAUCCACAACAAUUGUCACAUGCCAACCACCAGAAACCAAAGUGGACAGCAGCACAACAAAAUCUACCAUCACCACCACUACAAUCACAGAGACAAGUCAAGUUCCAUCGUUCCAUGGAAUCAGGAAGGAUGUCACUGCUAAUGAGCUGCUUGAAUCAAAGAUCAUCACUGAGGACCUCUACAAAGGUCUUAAGUCUGGAAAAGUCACAGUGACAGAAAUCAGUGAAAUGGACUCAGUGCGUAAGUACCUUGAGGGGACCAACAGCAUUGGAGGAGUGUACCUGCAGUCCACCAAAGAGACCCUGAGUAUCUACGAAGCCAAAAGCAAAGGCUUGCUGACCCCUGGUACUUCUCUGGUUUUGCUGGAAGCCCAAGCUGCUACUGGCUUUGUCAUUGACCCAGUGAACAACAAGAAACUGUCAGUAGACGAGGCUGUUGCUCAAAGAGUGCUUGGCAAUGAGUGGAAAAACAAACUGCUUUCAGCAGAAAGAGCUGUCACAGGAUACAAGGAUCCCUAUACUGGAAAAACAAUUUCUUUAUUCCAGGCCUUGAAAAAAGAUCUCAUUGUGAAAGAUCAUGGAAUUCGUCUUCUCGAAGCGCAAAUUGCCACAGGAGGCAUAAUUGAUCCAGUCUACAGUCACAGAGUGCCUGUGCAAGUGGCAUAUGAAAGAGGUUACUUUGAUGAAGAAAUGAACCAGAUCUUGUCUGAUCCUGAUGAUGACACCAAGGGCUUCUUCGACCCCAACACUAAAGAGAACCUCACCUAUCUUCAGCUGGUAGAGAGAUGUGUCAUUGAUCCCAUCACAGGCUUAAGUUUACUGGUGAUUGUGAAGAAAGGAGAGUUCUAUUUCUUUGUUGAUGAGGCUACAAAGCUCAUUCUGAAAUCUACCACAACAACCGGAGCAGGAGGAAAAUACCAAGGAAAAACAGUGUGUCUCUGGGAUCUGCUUUACUCCAAAUACAUCUCUGAGGAAAAGAGGAGAGACCUUGUGCAACAGUACAAGUCUGGAUCAAUCACAAUUGAACGCUUUCUGGAAAUUAUUCUGACAAUCAUUCAGCAGCAAACAAAAACCUCAUCCAGAACAAUUGUAACAUGCCAACCACCAGAAAACAAAGUGGACAGCAGCACAACAAAAACAUCAUCCACAACAAUUGUCACAUGCCAACCACCAGAAACCAAAGCGGACAGCAGCACAACAAAAUCUACCAUCACCACCACUACAAUCACAGAGACAAGUCAAGUUCCAUCGUUCCAUGGAAUCAGGAAGGAUGUCACUGCUAAUGAGCUGCUUGAAUCAAAGAUCAUCACUGAGGACCUCUACAAAGGUCUUAAGUCUGGAAAAGUCACAGUGACAGAAAUCAGUGAAAUGGACUCAGUGCGUAAGUACCUUGAGGGGACCAACAGCAUUGCAGGAGUGUACCUGCAGUCCACCAAAGAGACCCUGAGUAUCUACGAAGCCAAAAGCAAAGGCUUGCUGACCCCUGGUACUUCUCUGGUUUUGCUGGAAGCCCAAGCUGCUACUGGCUUUGUCAUUGACCCAGUGAACAACAAGAAACUGUCAGUAGACGAGGCUGUUGCUCAAAGAGUGCUUGGCAAUGAGUGGAAAAACAAACUGCUUUCAGCAGAAAGAGCCGUCACAGGAUACAAGGAUCCCUACACUGGAAACACAAUUUCUCUAUUCCAGGCCUUGAAAAAAGAUCUCAUUGUGAAAGAUCAUGGAAUUCGUCUUCUCGAAGCGCAAAUUGCCACAGGAGGCAUAAUUGAUCCAGUGUACAGUCACAGAGUGCCUGUCCAAGUGGCAUAUGAAAGAGGUUACUUUGAUGAAGAAAUGAACCAGAUCUUGUCUGAUCCUGAUGAUGACACCAAGGGCUUCUUCGACCCCAACACUAAAGAGAACCUCACCUAUCUUCAGCUGGUAGAGAGAUGUGUCAUUGAUCCCAUCACAGGCUUAAGUUUACUGGUGAUUGUGAAGAAAGGAGAGUUCUAUUUCUUUGUUGAUGAGGCUACAAAGCUCAUUCUGAAAUCUACCACAACAACCGGAGCAGGAGGAAAAUACCAAGGAGAAACAGUGUGUCUCUGGGAUCUGCUUUACUCCAAAUACAUCUCUGAGGAAAAGAGGAGAGACCUUGUGCAACAGUACAAGUCUGGAUCAAUCACAAUUGAACACUUUCUGGAAAUUAUUCUGACAAUCAUUCAGCAGCAAACAAAAACCUCAUCCACAACAAUUGUAACAUGCCAACCACCAGAAACCAAAGUGGACAGCAGCACAACAAAAACAUCAUCCACAACAAUUGUCACAUGCCAACCACCAGAAACCAAAGUGGACAGCAGCACAACAAAAUCUACCAUCACCACCACUACAAUCACAGAGACAAGUCAAGUUCCAUCGUUCCAUGGAAUCAGGAAGGAUGUCACUGCUAAUGAGCUGCUUGAAUCGAAGAUCAUCACUGAGGACCUCUACAAAGGUCUUAAGUCUGGAAAAGUCACAGUGACAGAAAUCAGUGAAAUGGACUCAGUGCGUAAGUACCUUGAGGGGACCAACAGCAUUGCAGGAGUGUACCUGCAGUCCACCAAAGAGACCCUGAGUAUCUACGAAGCCAAAAGCAAAGGCUUGCUGACCCCUGGUACUUCUCUGGUUUUGCUGGAAGCCCAAGCUGCUACUGGCUUUGUCAUUGACCCAGUGAACAACAAGAAACUGUCAGUAGACGAGGCUGUUGCUCAAAGAGUGCUUGGCAAUGAGUGGAAAAACAAACUGCUUUCAGCAGAAAGAGCCGUCACAGGAUACAAGGAUCCCUACACUGGAAACACAAUUUCUCUAUUCCAGGCCUUGAAAAAAGAUCUCAUUGUGAAAGAUCAUGGAAUUCGUCUUCUCGAAGCGCAAAUUGCCACAGGAGGCAUAAUUGAUCCAGUCUACAGUCACAGAGUGCCUGUGCAAGUGGCAUAUGAAAGAGGUUACUUUGAUGAAGAAAUGAACCAGAUCUUGUCUGAUCCUGAUGAUGACACCAAGGGCUUCUUCGACCCCAACACUAAAGAGAACCUCACCUAUCUCCAGCUGGUAGAAAGAUGUGUCACUGAUCCUAUUACAGGUCUUAGCUUACUCCCCUUGCGCAGGUGAAGGAAAAAAUUAGUUUUAGUCUUAAGUUCAUGUUGUCCAUACAGAAUAUGGAGUGAAAAAUACUUUAUAUGUAUACUGUACUGCAAAAAUGUUUUCUAUGGUAUCAUAGGAGGAUUUGCUUUUUUAAGUUUUGAUCACCACUUUCUUUGAUUGGUCCAAUUGUUCCUUUGAGCCAGCAUAAAAAAACAGAGCUGUGGCACUGACACCAAAUAGGAAUUCAGCCACUGUGAAAACUGUGAUCUAAAUUAAUAUACCUGUCCUUAAAUGUAGACAGAAGAUUCUAAAUGCCACAUACAAAUUUGACAGGUUUAAUACUAUUGUUUUUUACCUGUGUUUAGCCAAAUGCCAAAUUUAUGUUGUGAAAAAAAUGUGUCACUUUCAUAAGUGUAAUAUAUAUUUGUGGCUUUGGUUUUUACUGGUUUUCAAUCUUUGUUUUACCUACUUCUAAUCUUCUUUGACUAUAUGCCUGGUAGAAACUGAUGUAUAAUACUGUUUGGAUUCAUGCUACUUCCUGAUUUAUCACUAAUGUUUCUUGAUAUGUGGGCUCAAUGGAUUUGAGAAUUUUUACACUGGUCAUAAUGUAUUACAGCAUCUGGGCAAAAGCUUUGUAUGUGUUUUAAGUAAUAUGGUAAAUCUUUCCUGAUCAAACUGUGGCCCAAUAAAUGACAUAUGAAUACUAAA